AUGACAUACCGCUGGAAAGCAGCAGCCUCCAUGGGAACCUCUGGCUCAGUGGGAAGAUCAGGGAGAGGUACUGUGGUGUCUGCGGAGCGAGGUGUCUGGUCGUCCUCGGAAGUGGAAGCACGAGCUCUGGAACAGAUUUUGGAAGGUCAGCAGAAGCUCACCGUGGACUUUAAUGGGAAUAUGGAUGCUCUCUACCUCGAUCUGAAUGGAAAAAUAGAAGUUCUGAACACCCAUGUCAAGCAGCUCGAUACACAGGUAGCCCAAACUGCAGGUUCUGUUAAAAGGCAAGAGGGUUUUCUUCCUGGGAAGACUGACACCAAUCCAAGGCAUCACUGCAGUGCUAUCACGUUGAGGAGUGGUAAAAAUCUGAGUUCUGAGCCCACGAAGACGCCUCCUGCACCUGAAGUCGUGGACUUAGAAGAUUCUGAAGAAAUUCCUGAGAUUGCAGAGCCGGUGACGAGCGACACCACCACUAGUGUCACGCGUCACCAAUUGCAGAGCGAGGCUGUUGAUGCUCCGAAUCCGAAAUCUGCAGAGGAAAAAGUCUACAAACCUAAAGUUCCUUACCCAAGGAGCCCUAGGAAGUCCAAGCAAGAGCUUGAUGAUGCACGAUGCAAAGCUCUGAUGGAGAAGCUUGUGAUUGAGAUACCUUUGGUUGAUGCUGUAAAAAUCACUCCUGUCAUGAGACGUUAUGUGAAGCGAAUGGUAACCAAUAAUCUCAGCCAUGAACAAGGGGUGAUGAUGAUAUCUGAGCAAGGCAGUGCAGUGAUUCAGAACCGAAUUCCAGAGAAGCUUGUUAAUCUCAUGCCUUAUUCGGUAGCUGUCAAUCUCGGCAUGACUGAUUUCAAGCCAACAAGGAUCUCCCUCAUCCUAGCUGAUCGUUCGACAAGGAUACCUGAAGGGGUGCUAGAAGAUGUUCCAAUCAAGUAUGGAGAGGAGCCUAAAGAUCCUUUUAUCCUUGGGAGACCUUUUCUAGCUACAGCAGGUGCUAUCAUCGAUGUCAGGAAAGGCAGGAUUGCUCUGAAUGUUGGAGAUCUGGUGAUGAACUUUGACAUGGACAAGCUGAUGAAGAAGCCCACAAUCGAUAGUCAGACCUUCUAUGUCGAUACUCUCACAGACAUCUUACUCGAAGAUGUUGGACUCCAGCGAGCAUGUGAUGCAGCUAGCAUCGCAGGUGGAACAGCUUGA